GCAGUAAGACACUAGCCAGAAAAUGCUGGCUUGGACGCGGCAGCCGUGCACGACGACGCGCGCGAGUUUCGGCGAUUUAACACUUGCGGGCGCUAGCCAACAGUGCUCUCUGGCGCAAGCGAGCGUCGCCGAGCGCGCCUCGUAAGCUCCACCUGCACCACCCAAGAGACCCGGCCGCGCGCGGUGACUCGGGGGCGUUUUGCGAGUGCGCAUAACCCUCGCGGGACGAGCGACGACCGCGCCGCACCAGCGCAACAGCGCACGCAGUAAAAACCGCGGCACCGAACGCGACCCGCCGCGACCAUGGCCUCGAUGAUGUCCGCGCACCUGAGCAAGGACUUCUUCGACUUGGUCAAAGCUAUUGGGGAAUCCAAGUCCAAGCAGCAGGAGGAUCGCAUCAUAAGUGAUGAGGUCCAAACAUUAAAAAAGAAGAUGCCUGAGGCUAAAAUAUCGAGGAAGAAAAUGAAGGAGUUCCUCGUGCGAUUGAUAUAUGUGGAAAUGUUGGGCCACGACGCGGCCUUUGGGUACAUCCGCGCGAUCGAGUUGGCGGCGUCGAAGAACUUGAUCCAGAAGCGCGUUGGGUAUUUAUGUUCGGGGUUGUGUUUAUCUCCUGAUCACGAAUUUAGAUUUAUGUUGGUCAAUCAACUCCAGCAGGACAUGACGUCCUCCAACUUUCUAGAGGUGGCCGCUGCAUUGGGUGCUACGAUUAGAUUAGCUACGACGGAUAUGAUUCCACCGCUCCUAGCUCACGUCGUUAAGUUGUUGCAACAUGAUAGAGAAUUAGUCAGAAAGAAGACGGUCAUGGUCUUACAUAGAUUUCAUAGAUUGGACGCCUCCGCUGUUUCGCACUUGGGGCCGCAGAUGCGCCGUACUUUAUGUGAUAAAGACCCUUCCGUUAUGGCCGCAUCUUUGUGCUUACUACACGCUCAGAUCACAGAAAAACCUUUGGGAUUCAAGGAGCUCGUGCCGUCGUUCGUUUCUAUAUUAAAACAGAUCGUGGAACAUCGUUUACCUAGAGAUUUCGACUACCAUAGGAUGCCCGCUCCUUGGGCUCAACUCAGGUUGCUCCGUAUCUUGGCUCUACUAGGACGGGCCGAUCAAUCAACUUCAGAGGGUAUGUACGAGGUGCUGGGCGAUGUGAUUCGGAGGGCCGAUACGGGUAUUAAUGUGGGCUACGCGAUAGUCUACGAGUGCGUACGGACCGUCACGACCAUUUACCCGAACAACAACCUGUUAGAUGAGGCCGCGAGAGCCAUCGCUAGGUUCUUAGGUUCGGAGAACCACAACUUGAAAUAUUUAGGAAUCACAGGUUUGGCACAGGUCGUAGAACAGCACCCGAAAUACGCGGCGGAACAUCAAUUAGCCGUCAUCGACUGUCUGUCGUCGGUCGACGAUACCCUAAAAAGAAAGACUUUGGAUUUACUCUACCGGAUGAUGAAUCCGGUCAACGUCGAAUUUAUCGCCUCGAAGUUGGUAGAGUCUCUAGAACAGUCGACCGACGACUUUCUGAGAAGAGCUCUCGUAUCGAGGUUGUGCACCGCAGCUGAGAGGUUCGCCCCGUCGAACGCCUGGUACGUCGCGACGAUCGUGAGGGUCAUGGAAUUAGCUGGUGAGCUCGUACCUAACGAGGUGGCUCAGCAGAUGCUGUCGUUAGUGGCCGAGGGCGGCGAGGAGGGCGACGCCGACGCUCUUAGAGCGGACGCCGUCGAUCGGUUCGUGGGCAUGCUCCACCGGGAAGUGGUACCUGAUGGGUUAUUCCACGUGUUAGCUUGGGUACUGGGCGAGUUCGCGCAGCUGUCGUCCGAGUCUGCUAGCGUUGCUGAAGCUAUUGCUACACUAGCUGCGGACGAUGCUAGACUGAAGGGUGCACCUAGAGCUCGUGAACUAUUGUUAACUGCGCUGAUCAAAUUAGCGGCUCAAAGUGAUGAUAUCAACACAAAAGCAGCUUUAAGAUCGUUAGCUGAACGGUUCGCAUCGUCCUCGAACAUCGAGUUGCAGCAGCGAGCCCUCGAAGCGUUGAACUUGCUGGAUGCCUCGACGGAGGACUCCGGAUUGUUGGAAGAUGCAUUACCUUAUGAUGCCUCACUCGAAGAUCCGCUGGAUGGUGUAGUGACCGGAGAAGGAGAAGAUCGAAACGGCGGCGACGCCCUAGGUUUCUUGGAUCGCUUCGUCGCUUCUGCCUUGAACGCGGGGGCCGCGCCUUACCAAAAACCGGUCGACGACGAGAAUGAAACGGAGUCCGAGUCCGAGGAGGAGACCUCCAACUUUAAGUUCGAGGCCUACGCCGAGCCCCAGAAGCCUGGAAGAAGGGUGCAACAGACGUCGUAUCCCAUGGGCGAUUCGACGGAAAACGACGAGGAGAUCGCGCGGCGCCUCCAGGAGGCCGAGUACGCGAACCAGCCUCCACAAAGAACGACGGCGCGCGGCGGCAACGCCAUUGGUAGUGGCGGCGGCCUCGCGGCGGCGUCGGGGCCCUGGGGCGCGCCGCGGCAGCCCGUUGCGCCAACGCCGGCGGCGCCACGACCGGCCGCCGCACCUACGCAGCAGCAGCGCGCGCCGACGCCGACGGAGCCCGAGGAGAAGACGGCGGAGCAGGCCGAGAAGGAGCGCAUGGCCGCCGCGCUCUUCGGCGGCGUCGGCGCGGCGACCGCCGCGGCGCCGCGGCGCGCGCCGCGCAAGGCGUCGAACGCGUCGUCGCGCCAGGCCAGCCGGUCGCCGCCGCCGCCGGCACCGCCGCCGGCGCCGGAGCCGUCUUUAUUAGAUCUCGGCGCGCCCGAGGAGCCGCCCGCGCCCGCGCCGCCGCCGCCGCCGGUCUCAGAUUUGUUAGGAGACCUCUCGGCGCCGGCGCCGGCGCCCGUGCCGCCUCCCUCUACCGCGAGCGACCCCUUCGCGGCCUUCGACGGUUUAUCUUUAACCGAGGCCACACCAAGUACGGCGUUCGCCCCGGAGAAGCUGACGACGGCGGACUUUGGCGGCCGCUGGGGUCCCACAAAACACGAGAAGCGCGCCGAGGUCUCGUUGACUCCGACGCAGACGACGCCCGACGCCGUCGCGGCCGGCCUGGCCAAGGUCGGCGCCGUGCUCGUCGAGGCGAUCCCCGCGACGCGCGAGCUCAUCCUCGCCGCGACGCACACGCCGACGGCCGCGAUCUGCCUGUGGCACGUCAAGCUCCUCGCGACGUCGGCCGCGCUCGUGACGGUGCGGUCGCCGAACCCCGAGGUGGCGCGGCUCGCGCUCGAGGCGAGCGUGGGGGCACUGUCGUCGUCGGCGUAACGUGGGUAUGUUAUAUAGACAGGGCUCACUCUACUCGGGGGAUGGGUACGGCACGCGCUCGGUUCAGAUGAGAUGGGCACGUUGGUACUGGUUGGGGAAGAGGAGGAGCGGUAGGCUUCGUAGUCGUAGUCGUGGUCGCGUGGGUAGUUUCACGACCGGCGCCGGAC